GGUCUUCCCAGCGACGCAUACGUGGCAACUGCGCAAUUCGACUUGCUAGUGCUACAUUUAGCUGACUUUCGAUGGAUUAUUUCCUUAAUUACACCGUGUGAUGAACUGAAGGAUUAGCUGAUUAUGGAAAACGAUGGCAGAGCAAGACGGAGGCGCCCAAGGCACAGUCAGGUGGGGGCUGGGUACAGGGGGGACAACUUGAACAUCGAUGCUGAGAACGUCUCUGUGUAUGGGACGCAGGUCAUCAACACUGAAGGCAGUGCACAGCGUGAUGAGCUGGAUGGCCAGAACGUGUGCUAUGGUGGGACACAGAUUGUAGUUUCUCCUCUACAAAAACACCAACAAGAUCGAUGGGACGAUGAAGUGAGUACUCAUGUGAAGGGUCGCGCGUGGACAAGUGUUUGCACUGCAGCAGACCAGCACCUGCAACUCCACUCCACAGUGGCCAUCACUGGGUGCCCUGGAGAAGGCAAGACUACGCUGGGGUACCUGCUGCUACACAACUUGAGGAAGCUCAGUUGGACAGUCUUUGUGCCCAAAACACCAGAAGAGUACUUUGCAUGUAAAUUCACCAACAAUACAGUUGUCAUGAUCAAUGAUUUAUGGGGCGCGUUUGAGUUUGACGAAAGCACUGUCAGGAAAUGGAUUCCUGUCCUGGAAGAUGUGAAAGCCAGGCUGGACCAGACGAACUCAGAAGCAAUGUUUGGCACUGGUGAAGACAGGACGCAAGCCCGGCUUGUGAAACUCGUCUGUGUCAGUCGAGGAUAUAUCUGGAAGGAUGCCAGGCCCAAACUUGGCAAAUUUGUCAACAACAUUUUCAGAAAUGAUUCCAUAAUCGACAUCUCCAAAGAUAAGCAAUUGCAACCAAAUGACAAAUUAGACAUUAUUAAAUCAUUCGAACACAAGUACAACCUGACGCUACCAAGGACUGUUUCUCAGAGGAUGAUUGACAUUCACCUUCCUCACGGCUUCCCUCACUGCUGUGAGCUGCUCUUCAACUUGCAGGGUGCUCUGUCUGAUCCCGAAUCAUUUUUCCAGCAUCCCAUCGCGUUUCUGAACGAAACUCUAGGGCACAUUAUCCAGGACAAAUCAGUGGAAGUUGUCUUUAGCCUUCUACUGAAGCACGAUGGGAGGUUUAACAUGCAUUCGCUUGGCAAGAAGGUUAGCAUUGACGAACCCGGACUGCCGACCAUCAAAACGAAGAAAAUAAGAGACAUCUUGAAACGUUUUGAAGGCAGUUACUUCAGGAGAGAAGGGAGAUGUGUUAUAUUUUCUCAUCCAUCAAUAUAUGAAAGCGUUGCCUCGACUAUUGGAUCGACAAACCCUGCAUUCCUUGUGGAGUUCAGUAGUAUGGGUUGUCUGAAGGAUUGGUUGGUGAUAGGAAGCGACAAUUUGCACCCCGAGUUGCAAGGUAAAGUUAUUUCUGUGUCGGAGGAAAUACUUCCUUUACUCAUAAACCGUUUUCUCACAGAAAUAAACUCAGGCAAUCUAUAUGAGGUUCUGUCACACAGUAUUUUUGGAAACGAGGACUUUGUUGCAAAGUUUCUCGAAAAGACAAACAUCAAUGACCUCAUGAACUCAAUUGAUUUUCAGUCAGACUUGAAGUUUCUCUUCUUAGUCUCCAGCUGUGGGAAGAAUACCUUUCUCAGGAAAAUCAUCGCAAAUAGACAUUUAUCUUCUGAAGAGUACACUGAAUCUUUGUGCGGCUGCUGUCACUAUGGAAAUGAAGAAGGUGCAAGACUACUGCUGUCACGAAAGUUUAUGGGUGUUCAUAAUGUUAGCUCGAAGAACAGCAAGGGCGACACGCCACUGAUCUGUGCAACAAGAGCAGGCAAUGUGAGCUUAUGUGGACAACUGUUGGAGAAAGGAGCCAAUAGGACAUCAGUAAAUGGAGAAGGAAACAGUGCCCUGCAUCUGGCAGUAGAGUCUGGAAAUCAGGACCUGACUGAACGGUUGACCACCAGAGAAACGGUAAACUUGAAGAACAAAAAGGGUGAAACGCCUCUUCACAGAGCGGCAUCGGUUGGCCAUGAAGGAACUGUCGACAUCAUCUUAAAUCAUGGCGCUGACUUGAACCUGAAAUCAAAUGAUGGCUUAACUGCUUUGUAUAUUGCCAGUCAAUCCAAUUCAGAGAAUAUUGUGGAGUCACUUCUUCGAAAAGGAGCAUCAGUACAUUUGGAGAACAAGGCAGGAAACACAGCUCUUUUCCCAGCAGUUGAAGGAGGUCAUCGCAGGAAUGUCGAAAUGCUUCUGCAACAUGGAUGCGUGGUGAACCACCGAAAUAUGUAUGGAGUUGCACCAGUCUACUACACCUGUAGAAACAAUGAUGUGAAAUUGUUCCAUCUGCUGGUUGCCCAUGGCGCCAACGUGAAUGUUGAGAACAAGCAGGGUGUGACGCCAAUCAUGGUGGCAGCUCUGUAUGGGAACACCAAACUAACAAACGAAAUGUUUUCAGAAGGGGUACAGAUGAUCCAUCACACGAACAAGGAGGGAUCAAGUGUGUUACAUUUUGCAGUGCGCAGUGGCUGUGCUGAAACCGUCAAGUUGAUUUUGAACAAAGAUUGCAAGGUAGACAGUCAGGAAAAAGGGCAGAAGACACCACUGCACAUCGCGUCAGAAUUAGGCCAGACGGAGAUUGUGUCAGAACUGCUCUUUAGGGGUGCUGAUUGUCGCAAGGUAGAUUAUGACCGCAGAAGUGCGUUACACUUUGCCUGUUUUGGAGGACUCACUGAAAUAGCAGAACUGUUGCUUGAUGCAGGAUCUGAUGCUAAUGCCGUGGACUUCAAAGGCAAUACCGCAUUACAUAUUGCAUCGGCUAAGGGGUUUGCCGCCCUUUGUGAAUUGCUCCUGGAGAGAGGUGCAGACGCCAACAUUCAGGACAAACAAGAUCGGACUGCUUUACACUUUACUGAUGAAGAUUUCCUCCUCUUAUUAUAUGUGUUCGUAUUCACACACUAUUAUUUCUUGAAAUUUAUCUUCGAAUAUGGACAACAGAUUUCAUCAGAAACAUAAUGAGGUGAUCCGUGAAUCAAACCAACAACCAUACACACUUUGGCCACCCAUGCCCCCAGGGUGAUAGGCCUUAAUAUAAACAUUAACAUUUAAGAAUUG